GGGGGAGGGGACUCGGCGUAGGGAGCCACCGCGGGCGGCACUUCUCAGUGUAGGGGGCUGGUUGGCGUCCCCCUCGGUUCCUGGGGGUGCCGGGAAGGACUAGCGGCGGCCUUCGCGCCGGGCCGGCCGGCCGUUUUGAGCGGGCCGCGAAGAGCCACUCGUGGGCACGUCCGGAAUCCUCCGGCUGAGCCGCUCGCAGAGCAACCUGGGACUUGUAGUUCUUGUGGGGAUGGAGCGCGCUUCGCUGCUCGCGGCUCCUCUGGGUCAGACAGAGGUGUUUCAGGCCCUGCAGCGGCUGCACAUGACCAUCUUCUCUCAGAGCAUCUCGCCCUGUGGGAAGUUCCUGGCAGCUGGCAACAAUUAUGGGCAGAUCGCUAUCUUCAGCUUGUCUGCUGCUUUGAGUUCAGAGGCCAAAGAGGAAAGCAAAAAGCCUGUGGUGACCUUCCAAGCCCAUGAUGGGCCCGUCUACAGCAUGGUCUCCACUGAAAGACAUCUGCUCAGUGCUGGGGAUGGAGAGGUGAAGGCAUGGCUUUGGGCAGAGAUUCUCAAGAAGGGCUGUAAAGAGCUGUGGCGUCGCCAGCCCCCAUACAGGACCAGCCUGGAAGUGCCUGAGAUCAAUGCCUUGCUGCUCAUCCCCAAGGAGAACUCCCUCAUUCUGGCUGGGGGAGAUUGUCUGCUGCACACCAUGGAUCUUGAAACGGGGACCUUCACGCGGGCCCUACGGGGCCACACCGACUAUAUCCACUGCCUGGCACUGCGGGAACGAAGCCCCGAGGUGCUGUCAGGGGGCGAGGAUGGGGCUGUGCGUCUUUGGGACCUCCGCACAGCCAAAGAGGUGCAGACCAUCGAGGUCUACAAGCAUGAGGAGUGCUCAAGACCCCACAACGGGCGCUGGAUUGGAUGCCUGGCGACAGAUUCAGACUGGAUGGUUUGUGGAGGGGGUCCAGCCCUCACUCUCUGGCACCUCCGAUCUUCCACACCUACCACCAUCUUCCCCAUGCGGGCACCACAGAAACACGUCACCUUCUACCAGGACCUGAUUCUCUCCGCUGGCCAGGGCCGUUGUGUCAACCAGUGGCAACUGAGUGGAGAGCUUAAGGCCCAGGUGCCUGGCUCCUCCCCGGGGCUUCUCAGCCUCAGCCUCAACCAACAGCCGGCAGCACCCGAGUGCAAGGUGCUGACUGCUGCGGGCAACAGCUGCCGGGUGGAUGUCUUCACCAACCUGGGCUACCGAGCCUUCUCCUUGACUUUCUGACAUCACAUACCUGCCCCCAGCGGCUUAGGAGUGUUUUCUUUUUUUCUUUUUCUGUCAUGGGGCUUGGAACUCAGGCUGAGGGACGUGGGGCUUGAACUCUGGG